AUGAAUUCUGAAACCAAAGCGCGAGAAGCGAAUCCGAAGAAGCAAUGGUCCAUGCAAGACUUCGAGAUCGGAAAACCCCUCGGAAAAGGAAAAUUCGGCCGAGUCUACCUCGCCAGAGAAGCCCAAGAGCAAAUACAUGGUGGCGUUGAACGUGAUAUUCAAGGAGCAAAUAGAGAAGUACAAAAUCCAACACCAGCUGAGGAGGGAGAUGGAGAUCCAGACCAACCUUCGGCAUCCGAAUAUACUGCGGCUCUACGGGUGGUUCCACGAUGCUGAACGCAUUUUCCUCAUACUCGAAUAUGCUCAUGGCGGCGAGAUUUAUGGCAAGCUCAGGAAAACUGGCCAUCUCUCCGAGAACCAAGCCGCCAUCUACAUUUUGAGCCUCACGCAAGCAUUGGCCUAUUGUCAUGAGAAGGAUGUGAUUCAUAGGGACAUCAAGCCAGAAAAUCUGUUGCUUGAUCAUGAGGGUCAACUAAAAAUUGCAGACUUUGGAUGGUCUGUACAGUCAAGAAGCAAGAGACACACUAUAUGUGGAACUUUGGAUUAUAUAGCACCAGAAAUGGUGGAGAACAAAGCUCAUGAUUACGCAGUUGAUAACUGGACUUUGGGUAUCCUUUGUUAUGAGUUCCUAUAUGGUGUCCCUCCAUUUGAGGUUGAGAGUCAAAGGGAUACCUUUAGAAGGAUAAUGAAGGUUGACCUGAGCUUCCCUUCCACCACUUGUGUUUCUGCAGAAGCCAAAGAUCUCAUUCUUCGACUUCUAGUGAAGGCCUCCUCAAAAAGGCUCUCUCUUCAGAAGAUCAUGGAGCAUCCUUGGAUAGUCAAAAAUGCUGAUCAUAUGGGUAUUUGUAGAUAAGUAGGAUUUGAAACUUCUGAUCUGAUUUUGUUAUUGCUUUGAAGAAUUCACGUGGUUGAAUUGUGCUUCCAAUGGUGUAAUUUUUUUGGCGAAAUGAAGCAUAAAAACUUCAGAUCAGAAAAUGAACGGAAAAUGUUGCACA